AUGGCUAUCCUCAAAGCUCAAGAUGGCACUUCCGACCCCAUCAUCACCCGCAUGGUGGAGCAGGACAAGGUGCGGUGGUGGAAUAAGCCAAACCUGCGGUUGAUGUACAUCUGGCUCUUUUGCUGCUGCAUGGGCGUCGAGAUCACCUCCGGCUUCGACUCUCAGCUCAUCGGCACACUCCAGUUCUCAACGCCGUUCAACACCUUCUUCGGCGAAGGAUACAAGGACAAGGAUGGCAAAGCAUCCAUUAAACCGAGUAUCAUUGGCAUCAUGUCGUCUUGCUACCAACUGGGUUCCAUUUGCGCCGUUCCAGUCGCUCCAUGGUUGAGCCAAAAAUACGGAAGACGUAUGUCUGUCUUUAUCGGCUCUGUCAUCAUGGUUGUUGGCGCUCUUAUGCAGGGAUUCGCUCAACACAUUGGCAUGUACAUCAUUGCACGUAUGCUGCUCGGUUUCGGAAUCCUUUUCGCGAUUGUCUCUGGAUCCUCAUUGAUCGGAGAACUGGCCUACCCCAAGGAACGUCCGUUCAUGACAUCGCUGUUUAACGCCUCGUACUUUAUCGGUUCGAUUGUUGCGGCUGCCAUCUCUAUCCACACCACUACUAUUACAGGCAACUGGGGCUGGCGAGUUCCUUCUUUGCUCCAAAUCUGCCCUUCUUUGCUGCAGAUCUUCACCGUUUUUCUGUUACCCGAAAGUCCACGUUGGUUGGUCAGCAAGGAUCGCGAGGAAGAGGCCUUUGCUGUCCUAACCAAGUACCACGCUGAAGGCGAUGCGGACUCAAUCCUCGUGCAAGCAGAGAUGGCCCAAAUCCGAUCGACAAUCAAACUUGAAAUGGAAAACUCGAAACAGUCGUGGAUGGACAUGGUCCGCACUCCAGGAAUGCGACGCCGUGUUGUCAUCUCGGUGUUCCUUGGUCUUUUUACCCAAAUGAGUGGCAACACUCUGCUGUCCUACUACCAGAAUCUUCUCUUCGGAUUGAUGGGAUAUACGUCAAACUACGCCAAGACACGCAUCAACAUUGCCAACGCCUGCUGGAGUCUCAUGAACGCUGUUGUCAUCGCCCUUGUGGUUACCCGAUUCCGCCGUCGCUGGAUGUUUAUGCUUUCCGCUGGCUCCAUGACCAUGGUUUUCAUGGCUAUGACAAUCUGUUUCCAACGUCUCCAGCUUGCCAAAAGCCAGGGGACCACCAACAAGGCAGCGCAGAUUGCGUCGCUCUUCUUUUACUUUGCCUACUCGCCAUGCUACAACAUCGGCAACAACUCGCUUACCUACACCUACUUGGUCGAACUGUUCCCAUACGCGCAGCGAACCAUGGGUAUUGGUAUCGAGCAGCUGUUCGGAAAGUUGGCAGGAUUCUUCUCCGUCUACGUCAAUCCCAUCGCCAUCGACGCCAUCCAGUGGAAGUAUUUCGCCGUGUACUGCGCUUGGAUCACGUUUGAAUUCACGUUCGUUUACUUCAUGUACCCUGAAACGUACAACCGCACGCUCGAGGAGUUGGCAUUCUUAUUCGAGGACAAGGAACUCGCCGACGAGGCUGUCAGGGCUGUCGAAAAGACCGUUAACCAUGGUGCAGAGGGAACCGUUAUGCACGAGAAGAACGAGACUAGGACUAUUGAACGGGCAGCAUAA